AUGGGGGUCUGGGAGUCCUGCAAACCCUUUGUGACUGGCAGCUUGGCGGGGUCCAUAGCGGGCACGAUCGUCCAGCCCAUUGACAUCGUAAAGGUGCGCAUCCAACUCGCAGCUGCAGAGGGUGGAAACACGAGCGUCGCUCACGUCGCACAGACUUUGCUGAGGCAAGAUGGCCCGGCAGGCUUCUUCCAAGGGAUCACAGCCAUGUACGCAAGGCAGGUGCUCUACACGGGCUCGCGCCUGGGCCUCUAUGACCAGUUCACCGCCAUGGCUCACAGUCCUGGAGAGGCAACUCUGCCCUUUUGGAAGACGUCGCUCUGUGCUCUGAGUGCAGGUGGUAUUGCAGCUGUCAUCGGGAAUCCUGCGGAUUUGUCGCUGGUGCGCAUGCAGGCCGACAACCUGCUGCCUGAAGCGCAGCGUCGCAACUACAAGCAUGUUCUGGAUGCCUUCGCCACAAUAGUGAGGCAGGAGGGAGCGGGAGGCCUCCUCCAGGGUGCCCCAGCCACGGCCUUGCGUGCCAUGGGCCUGAAUUUUGGGAUGCUGGCCUUCAACUCCAAGGCCAAAGAGCAGCUGGCAGCCAUGGGAUUCGAGAAGGGCGGCAACGUGCAAGUCUUCGGAGCAGCGCUGGCCGGCGGCUUUUUCGGCUCGGUCUUCUCCCUUCCUUUUGACUUCGUAAAGACGCAGCUGCAGAAGAUGAAGCCCGACCCAACCACUGGGGAGAUGCCCUUCAAGGGGCCGGCGGAUUGCGCGUUGAAGACGCUGCGUGCCAGUCCCCUUCGCUUCUACUCUGGCUUUCCAGUGUACUUUGCCCGCACAGGGCCUAUUUCUACCAUCACGCUCAUUGUUCAAGAUCGCAUCAAGAAACUGUGGACUGCCCUUGACUUGUGA